AAAACAACAACUCACGAAUUGCAAGAUUUUCUUGUUACUCUAAUCUGAUUCUCUCUACCUGCCACCUUGCAAGGUACUAAAACACAUCACUGACAGUUGGCAGUUUUCACGUUACUUAUUCAAAGAGAGAUCUCCAGUUACACAACUUGCUACUACUAACCAGAUAGGUUCAUCAAGACACAUUGUGAAAGAAGCAAAAUUUCCCGCCUCUUUCUUAACAAGUAGAAAUCAUCAUCAUCACCAACCCAAAGGAAAGGAAGAAUUAUCUUCAAGAAGCAAAAGACAACGAAGAAUAUCUGAGGGUAGUAAUACUUAUAAUAAUAAUUGUAUUCUUCAAAUAUCAACAGUAUACAAGAAGAGUGAAGAACCUCCGCUCUUAUUAACAAGCCUUUCGAGUGAUCAAUUACUUGCAGACAACGCAAAAAAGCCUGCAAUUUCUUCAUCAUUAACAAUUGAAAACAAUUUGGAGGACAAUAUAAUAUCCAAAUAUAGUCAUCAGGAAAAUAUUCAAGAAACCAGUAAUAAUCGUUCAACCCUUAAUCAUCAACAACCCAUUGCAAGUUUGCAUCAUCAUCAAGAAGAAGAAGAUCAUUUCCAAUUUUCAUCAGCCUUGCAAAAUCUCUCUCUUCCACAACCUCCUUAUCAACAAUAUCAAUAUAAUAUUAAUAAUAAUAUCAAUAAUAAUAUUGAAAAUUCUCAACUAUCAAAUAGUGUAUCAUAUUCAAAUCAAGAAGAAGAAUAUCAACAACCAAUACUUGUAUUCACUUCAGCUUCACCUCCUGUAAAUUUUCAAUCUUUAGAUCUGUAUCAUCAAUAUCAAUAUUAUCAUAAUCAACAACAGAGAUUAAGAUCACAAUCCUUACCACUUCCAAGACAGCAACAUCGACAAGUAAUUAAAACUUUUCAAUUAACUUCAACUCUAGACGAAAGAAAUAUUCAACAAUUUCAACAAGAACAAAAACUUCCAACCCAAUUACUACUACCUUUGAAAAUCAUGUCCAAUACUACUGAUACCCAUUCGAAUCUUGAAGUUAUUCAACAACAUGACAAUUCAUCAGUUUCGGUGAGUCCACUGUCGCCAAUGCCUCUACUUGCAGAUAGUGGAAAUCUAGAUAAUUAUAAGGAUCAAUUUAUAGCAAUUAUAAAAGAGGGCUCUUCUGAAUUGUUAGAUAGUGAGAAAGAAUGCUUUGACAUUCUUGGAACGUGCCCAAAAUCUAAUACGAAAGCUGCCUAUUGGUAUGGUAAAUAUGGUGGCCCAUUCACAUGGAAAUAUACUGGUGUGCCAAUAGACGAUUUAGAUUUGGUGUGUAGAAUGCACGACCAGAGAUUACCAUUGAAAUUUGUAAAGAAACUUGUAAAUCUUAUUCGAAAGCAUUAUGGAGACAAACAGUUAAGCAAAGAUGCCCUGAGCUACAUUAAAAAGAUAGAUGGCAUAGGCUUUAGAAUAAUAGAACCAAUUUACAUGACAUUCUUUGGCUGUUUCUAACUUGAGCUCAAUGUUUCGUCCUUGCAUUAUUCGAAACGAAACUAUGAAACUUCCACAAUAAAUUCACAAGAUCACUUGAUAAAAUAUCUUUCAUUUGCCA